UGCCCGGUCCCUCUUUCCUCGCUCAAGAUGGCGCUGCUCGCGAUACAUUCUUGGCGUUGGGCAGCCGCGGCGGCUGCUUUCGAAAAACGCCGGCACUCGGCGAUUCUGAUCCGGCCUCUAGUAUCUGUCCGAGGCUCAGAUCCGCGAUGGAGAUCACCUCAGCGCGGCGCCUCGGGAACUACUCGAAUCUUCCAGCAGAUCCCAGAGUCAUUAAGAAAUACCACAUGGCAGAGAUUGGGAAAAGGCAAUUCAAGAGAGUUAUUAGAUGCUACAAAGGUUCUCCAGGUAUGGCCACUGAUAGAAAAGAGAACAUGUUGGCAUGGUCAUGCAGGUGGAGGACUCCACACAGACCCAAAAGAAGGGUUAAAAGAUGUUGAUACUCGGAAAAUCAUAAAAGCAAUGCUUUCUUAUGUAUGGCCCAAAGACAGGCCAGAUCUGAGAGCUAGAGUUGCCAUUUCCUUGGGAUUUUUGGGUGGUGCAAAGGCCAUGAAUAUUGUUGUUCCCUUCAUGUUUAAAUAUGCUGUAGACAGCCUCAACCAGAUGUCGGGAAACAUGCUGAACCUGAGUGAUGCACCAAAUACAGUUGCAACCAUGGCAACAGCAGUUCUGAUUGGCUAUGGUGUAUCAAGAGCUGGAGCUGCCCUUUUUAAUGAAGUUCGAAAUGCAGUAUUUGGCAAGGUAGCCCAAAAUUCAAUCCGAAGAAUAGCCAAAAAUGUCUUUCUCCAUCUUCACAACCUGGAUCUGGGUUUCCACCUGAGCAGACAGACUGGAGCUUUAUCCAAGGCUAUUGACAGAGGGACAAGGGGUAUCAGUUUUGUCCUAAGUGCUUUAGUAUUUAAUCUUCUUCCCAUCAUGUUCGAGAUGACGCUUGUCAGUAGUGUUUUGUAUUACAAAUGUGGUGCCCAGUUUGCAUUGGUAACCCUUGGAACACUCAGUGCAUACACAGCAUUCACAGUUGCAGUCACACGAUGGAGAACUAGAUUUAGAAUAGAAAUGAACAAAGCGGAUAAUGAUGCAGGUAACGCUGCUAUAGACUCACUGCUGAAUUAUGAAACUGUGAAGUAUUUUAAUAAUGAAAAAUAUGAAGCACAGAGAUAUGAUGGAUUUUUGAAGACAUAUGAGGCUGCUUCCUUGAAAAGUACCUCUACUCUGGCUAUGCUGAACUUUGGUCAAAGUGCUAUUUUCAGUGUCGGUUUAACAGCUAUAAUGGUGCUCGCCAGUCAGGGAAUUGUGGCAGGAACCCUUACCGUUGGAGAUCUUGUAAUGGUGAAUGGACUGCUUUUUCAGCUUUCAUUACCUCUUAACUUUCUGGGAACUGUGUAUAGAGAAACUAGACAAGCACUCAUAGAUAUGAACACCUUGUUUACUCUACUCAAGGUAGACACCCGAAUUAAAGACAAAGUGAUGGCAUCUCCCCUUCAGAUCACACCACAGACAGCUACAGUGGCCUUUGAUAAUGUGCAUUUUGAAUACAUUGAGGGGCAAAAAGUCCUUAGUGGAAUGUCUUUUGAAGUCCCUGCUGGAAAGAAAGUGGCCAUCGUAGGAGGUAGUGGGUCAGGGAAAAGCACAAUAGUACGGCUGUUGUUUCGCUUCUAUGAGCCUCAAAAGGGUAACAUUUACCUUGCUGGUCAAAAUAUUCAAGAUGUGAGCCUGGAAAGCCUUCGGAGGGCAGUGGGAGUAGUGCCACAGGAUGCUGUCCUCUUCCAUAAUACUAUUUACUACAACCUCUUAUAUGGAAACAUUAGUGCUUCACCUGAGGAAGUGUAUGCAGUGGCAAAAUUAGCUGGACUCCAUGAAGCAAUUCUUCGAAUGCCACAUGGAUACAAUACCCAAGUAGGGGAACGAGGACUCAAGCUUUCAGGAGGAGAAAAACAAAGAGUAGCAAUUGCAAGAGCCAUUUUAAAGGACCCCCCAGUCAUUCUCUAUGAUGAAGCUACUUCAUCAUUAGAUUCAAUUACUGAAGAGGCUAUUCUUAGGGCCAUGAGGGAUGUGGUCAAACACAGAACUUCUAUUUUCAUUGCACAUAGAUUGUCAACAGUGGUUGAUGCAGAUGAAAUCAUUGUCUUGAAUCAGGGUAAGGUAGCUGAACGUGGUACCCACCAUGGUUUGCUUGCUAACCCAGGCAGUAUCUAUUCAGAAAUGUGGCACACACAGAGCAACCGUGUGCAGAACCAUGAUAACCCCAAAUGGGAUGCAAAGAAAGAAAAUAUGUCCAAGGAGGAGGAAAGGAAGAAACUACAAGAAGAAAUUGUCAACAGUGUGAAAGGCUGUGGAAACUGUUCCUGCUAAGUCACAUGAGACAUUUUCUGGUUUUGUUUUGGACUACUCAUUUGCACUGAAACAGAAUUGUUUUAUUAAAAGCAAAGUCAUACA